AUCGCUCUGCACUCAGAUCCCUCUGCACUCAGAUCCCUCCGUACUCAGAUCCCUCCGCACUCAGAUCCCUCCGCACUCAGAUCCUUCUGCACUCAGAUCCCUCUGCACUCAGAUCCCUCUGCACUCAGAUCCCUCCGCACUCAGAUCCCUCUACACUCAGAUCCCUCUGCACUCAGAUCCCUCUGCACUCAGAUCCCUCCGCACUCAGAUCCCUCCGCACCUAGAUCCCUCUGCACUCAGAUCCCUCCGCACUCAGAUCCCUCCGCACUCAGAUCCCUCCGCACUCAGAUCCCUCCGCACUCAGAUUCCUCCGCACUCAGAUUCCUCCGCACCUAGAUCCCUCUGCACUCAGACCCCUCCACACUCAGAUCCCUCCGCACUAAGAUCCCUCUGCACUCAGAUCCCUCCGCACUCAUAUCCCUCUGCACUCAGAUCCCUCUGCACUGAGAUCCCUCCGCACUCAGAUCCCUCCGCACUCAGAUCCCUCCGCACUCAGAUCCCUCCGAACUCAGAUCCCUCCGCACUCAGAUUCCUCCGCACUCAGAUCCCUCCGCACUCAGAUCCUCUGCACUCAGAUUCCUCUGCACUCAGAUCCCUCCGCACUCAGAUCCCUCCGCACUCAGAUCCCUCCGCACUCAGAUCCCUCCGCACUCAGAUCCCUCAGCACUCAGAUCCCUCCGCUCUCAGAUCCGUCUGCACUCAGAUCCCUCUGCACUUAGAUCCCUCGGCACUCAGAUCCCUCUGCACUCAGAUCCCUCUGCACUCAGAUCCCUCCGUACUCAGAUCCUCCGCACUCAGAUCCCUCCGCACUCAGAUCCCUCCGCACUCAGAUCCCUCCGCACUCAGAUCCCUCCGCACUCAGAUUCUUCCGCACUCAAAUCCCUGUGCACUCAGAUUCCUCCGCACUCAGAUCACUCUGCACUCAGAUCCCUCUGCACUCAGAUUCCUCCGCACUAAGAUCCCUCUGCACUCAGAUCCCUCCGCACUCAUAUCCCUCUGCACUCAGAUCCCUCUGCACUCAGAUCCCCCGCACUCAGAUCCCUCCGCACUCAGAUCCCUCCGCACUCAGAUCCCUCCGCACUCAGAUCCCUCCGCACUCAGAUUCCUCCGCACUCAGAUCCCUCCGCACUCAGAUUCCUCUGCACUCAGAUUCCUCUGCACUCAGAUCCCUCCGCACUCAGACCCCUCCGCACUCAGAUCCCUCUGCACUCAGAUCCCUCCGCACUCAGAUCCCUCCGCACUCAGAUCCCUCUGCACUCAGAUCCCUCUGCUCUCAGAUCCCUCUGCACUCAGAUCCCUCGCACUCAGAUCCCUCCGCACUCAGAUCCCUCUGCACUCAGAUCCCUCUGCACUCAGAUCCCUCCGUACUCAGAUUCCUCCGCACUCAGAUCCCUCCGCACUCAGAUCCCUCCGCACUCAGAUCCCUCCGCACUCAGAUCCCUCCGCACUCAGAUUCUUCCGCACUCAAAUCCCUCCGCACUCAGAUUCCUCCGCACUCAGAUCCCUCCGCACUCAGAUCCCUCCGCACUCAGAUCCCUCUGCACUCAGAUCCCUCUGCACUCAGAUCCCUCCGCACUCAGAUCCCUCCGCACUCAGAUCCCUUCGAACUCAGAUCCCUCCGCACUCAGAUCCCUCCGCACUCAGAUCCCUCCGCACUCAGAUCCCUCCGCACUCAGAUCCCUCCGCACUCAGAUCCCUCUGCACUCAGAUCCCUCUGCACUCAGAUCCCUCCGCACUCAGAUCCCUCCGCACUCAGAUCCCUUCGCACUCAGAUCCCUCUGCACUCAGAUCCCUCCGCACUCAGAUCCCUCCGCACUCAGAUCCCUCUGCACUCAGAUCUUUCCGCACUCAGAUCCCUCCGCACUCAGAUCCCUCUGCACUCAGAUCUCUCCGCACUCAGAUCCCUCCGCACUCAGAUCCCUCCGCACUCAGAUCCCUCUGCACUCAGAUCCCUCUGCACUCAGAUCCCUCCGCACUCAGAUCCCUCCGCACUCAGAUCCCUUCGAACUCAGAUCCCUCCGCACUCAGAUCCUCCGCACUCAGAUCCCUCUGCACUCAGAUCCCUCCGCACUCAGAUCCCUCCGCACUCAGAUCCCUCUGCACUCAGAUCCCUCUGCACUCAGAUCCCUCCGCACCAGAUCCCUCCGCACUCAGAUCCCUUCGCACUCAGAUCCCUCCGCACUUAGAUCCCUCUGCACUCAGAUCCCUCUGCACUCAGAUCCAUCCCUCCGCACUCAGAUCCCUCCGCACUCAGAUCCCUCCCACUCAGAUCCCUCCUCACUCAGAUCCCUCUGCACUCAGAUCCCUCCGCACUCAGAUUCCUCCGCACUCAGAUUCCUCCGCACUCAGAUCCCUCCGCACUCAGAUCCCUCCGCACUCAGAUCCCUCCGCACUCAGAUUUCUCCGCACUCAGAUCCCUCCGCACUCAGAUCCCUCCGCACUCAGAUCCCUCGCACUCAGAUCCCUCCGCACUCAGAUCCCUCCGCACUCAGAUCCCUCUGCACUCAGAUCCCUCCGCACUCAGAUUCCUCUGCACUCAGAUCCCUCUGCACUCAGAUCCCUCUGCACUCAGAUCCCUCUGCACUCAGAUUCCUCCGCACUCAGAUCCCUCCGCACUCAGAUCCCUCUGCACUCAGAUUCCUCCGCACUCAGAUCCCUCCGCACUCAGAUCCCUCCGCACUCAGAUCCUCCGCACUCAGAUUCCUCUGCACUCAGAUUCCUCCGCACUCAGAUCCCUCUGCACUCAGAUCCCUCCGCACUCAGAUCCCUCCGCACUCAGAUCCCUCCGCACUCAGAUCCCUCGCACUCAGAUCCCUCCGCACUCAGAUCCCUCUGCACUCAGAUCCCUCCGCACUCAGAUCCCUCCGCACUCAGAUCCCUCCCACUCAGAUCCCUCCGCACUCAGAUCCCUCCGCACUCAGAUCCCUCCGCACUCAGAUUCCUCCGCACUCAGAUUCCUCUGCACUCAGAUUCCUCCGCACUCAGAUCCCUCUGCACUCAGAUCCCUCCGCACUCAGAUCCCUCCGCACUCAGAUCCCUCCACACUCAGAUCCCUCCGCACUCAGAUCCCUCCGCACUCAGAUCCCUCUGCACUCAGAUCCCUCCGCACUCAGAUCCCUCCGCACUCAGAUCCCUCUGCACUCAGAUCCCUCUGCACUCAGAUCCCUCUGCACUCAGAUCCCUCCGCACUCAGAUCCCUCCGCACUCAGAUCCCUCCGCACUCAGAUCCCUCCGCACUCAGAUCCCUCCGCACUCAGAUCCCUCCGCACUCAGAUCCCUCUGCACUCAGAUCCCUUGCACUCAGAUCCCUCCGCACUCAGAUCCCUCCGCACUCAGAUCCCUUGCACUCAGAUCCCUCCGCACUCAGAUCCCUCUGCACUCAGAUCCCUCCGCACUCAGAUCCCUCCGCACUCAGAUCCCUCUGCACUCAGACCUCCGCACUCAGAUCCCUCUGCACUCAGAUCCCUCUGCACUCAGAUCCCUCCGCACUCAGAUUCCUCCGCACUCAGAUCCCUCGCACUCAGAUCCCUCCGCACUCAGAUCCCUCCGCACUCAGAUCCCUCUGCACUCAGAUCCCUCCGCACUCAGAUCCCUCCGCACUCAGAUCCCUCCGCACUCAGAUCCCUCUGCACUCAGAUCCCUCUGCACUCAGAUCCCUCCUACUCAGAUUCCUCCGCACUCAGAUCCUCCGCACUCAGAUCCUCUGCACUCAGAUCCCUCUGCACUCAGAUCCCUCCGCACUCAGAUCCCUCCGCACUCAGAUCCCUGGCACUCAGAUCCCUCGCACUCAGAUCCCUCUGCACUCAGAUCCCUCCGCACUCAGAUCCUCUGCACUCAGAUCCCUCUGCACUCAGAUCCCUCCGCACUCAGAUCCCUCUGCACUCAGAUCCCUGCACUCAGAUCCCUCGCACUCAGAUUCCUCCGCACUCAGAUCCCUCCGCACUCAGAUCCCUCCGCACUCAGAUCCCUCCGCACUCAGAUCCCUCUGCACUCAGAUCCCUCCGCACUCAGAUCCCUCCGCACUCAGAUCCCUCCGCACUCAGAUCCUCUGCACUCAGAUCCUCUGCACUCAGAUCCCUCCGCACUCAGAUUCCUCCGCACUCAGAUCCCUCCGCACUCAGAUCCCUCCGCACUCAGAUCCCUCCGCACUCAGAUCCCUCUGCACUCAGAUCCCUCCGCACUCAGAUCCUCCGCACUCAGAUCCCUCCGCACUCAGAUCCCUCCGCACUCAGAUCCCUCGCACUCAGAUCCCUCCGCACUCAGAUCCCUCCUGCACUCAGAUCCCUCUGCACUCAGAUCCCUCCGCACUCAGAUCCCUCUGCACUCAGAUCCCUCUGCACUCAGAUCCUCGCACUCAGAUCCUCCGCACUCAGAUCCCUCCGCACUCAGAUCCUCCGCACUCAGAUCCCUCCGCACUCAGAUCCCUCUGCACUCAGAUCCCUCCGCACUCAGAUCCCUCUGCACUCAGAUCCCUCCGCACUCAGAUCCCUCCGCACUCAGAUCCCUCCGCACUCAGAUCCCUUCGCACUCAGAUCCCUCCGCACUCAGAUCCCUCCGCACUCAGAUCCAUCCCCACUCCCGUCCUCCGCACUCAGAUCCCUCUGCACUCAGAUCCUCCGCACUCAGAUCCCUCCGCACUCAGAUCCCUCCGCACUCAGAUCCCUCCGCACUCAGAUCCCUCGCACUCAGAUCCCUCCGCACUCAGAUCCUCCGCACUCAGAUCCCUCCGCACUCAGAUCCCUCCGCACUCAGAUCCCUCCGCACUCAGAUCCCUCUGCACUCAGAUCCCUCUGCACUCAGAUCCCUCCGCACUCAGAUCCCUCCGCACUCAGAUCCCUCCGCACUCAGAUCCCUCUGCACUCAGAUCCCUCUGCACUCAGAUCCCUCCGCACUCAGAUCCCUCCGCACUCAGAUCCCUCCGCACUCAGAUCCCUCCGCACUCAGAUCCCUCCGCACUCAGAUCCCUCCGCACUCAGAUCCCUCUGCACUCAGAUCCCUCGCACUCAGAUCCCCCGCACUCAGAUCCCUCCGCACUCAGAUCCCUCUGCACUCAGAUCCCUCCGCACUCAGAUCCUCUGCACUCAGAUCCCUCCGCACUCAGAUCCCUCCGCACUCAGAUCCUCCGCACUCAGAUCCCUCCGCACUCAGAUUCCUCCGCACUCAGAUUCCUCCGCACUCAGAUUCCUCUGCACUCAGAUUCCUCUGCACUCAGAUCCCUCGCACUCAGAUCCCUCCGCACUCAGAUCCCUCCGCACUCAGAUCCCUCCGCACUCAGAUCCCUCGCACUCAGAUCCCUCUGCACUCAGAUCCCUCCGCACUCAGAUCCCUCCGCACUCAGAUCCCUCCGCACUCAGAUCCUCUGCACUCAGAUCCCUCUGCACUCAGAUCCCUCUGCACUCAGAUCCCUCCGCACUCAGAUCCCUCGCACUCAGAUCCCUCCGCACUCAGAUCCCUCUGCACUCAGAUCCCUCUGCACUCAGAUCCCUCCGCACUCAGAUCCCUCCGCACUCAGAUCCCUCCCACUCAGAUCCCUUCGCACUCAGAUCCUCCGCACUCAGAUCCCUCCGCACUCAGAUCCCUCCGCACUCAGAUCCCUCCGCACUCAGAUCCCUCCGCACUCAGAUCCCUCUGCACUCAGAUCCCUCUGCACUCAGAUCCCUCCGCACUCAGAUCCCUCCGCACUCAGAUCCUUCGCACUCAGAUCCCUCCGCACUCAGAUCCCUCUGCACUCAGAUCCCUCCGCACUCAGAUCCCUCCGCACUCAGAUCCCUCUGCACUCAGAUCCCUCCGCACUCAGAUCCCCUGCACUCAGAUCCCUCCGCACUCAGAUCCCUCCGCACUCAGAUUCCUCCGCACUCAGAUCCCUCGCACUCAGAUCCCUCCGCACUCAGAUCCCUCCGCACUCAGAUCCCUCCGCACUCAGAUUCCUCCGCACUCAGAUCCCUCCGCACUCAGAUCCCUCCGCACUCAGAUCCCUCUGCACUCAGAUCCCUCCGCACUCAGAUUCCUCCGCACUCAGAUCCCUCCGCACUCAGAUUCUCCCGCACUCAGAUUCUCCGCACUCAGAUCCCUCCGCACUCAGAUCCCUGCACUCAGAUCCCUCUGCACUCAGAUCCCUCCGCACUCAGAUCCCUCUGCACUCAGAUCCCUCGCACUCAGAUCCUCUGCACUCAGAUCCCUCCGCACUCAGAUCCCUCCGCACUCAGAUCCCUCCGCACUCAGAUCCCUCGCACUCAGAUCCUUCGCACUCAGAUCCCUCUGCACUCAGAUCCCUCUGCACUCAGAUCCCUCUGCACUCAGAUCCUCCGCACUCAGAUCCCUCUGCACUCAGAUCCUCCGCACUCAGAUCCCUCUGCACUCAGAUCCCUCCGCACUCAGAUCCCUCCGCACUCAGAUCCCUCCGCACUCAGAUCCCUCCGCACUCAGAUCCCUCCGCACUCAGAUCCUCCGCACCUCAGAUCCCUCUGCACUCAGAUCCCUCCGCACUCAGAUCCCUCCGCACUCAGAUCCCUCCGCACUCAGAUCCCUCCGCACUCAGAUCCCUCUGCACUCAGAUCCCUCCGCACUCAGAUCCCUCCGCACUCAGAUCCCUCCGCACUCAGAUCCCUCCGCACUCAGAUCCUCCGCACUCAGAUCCUCCGCACUCAGAUCCCUCCGCACUCAGAUCCCUCGCACUCAGAUUCCCUCCGCACUCAGAUCCCUCUGCACUCAGAUCCCUCCGCACUCAGAUCCCUCCGCACUCAGAUCCCUCCGCACUCAGAUCCCUCCGCACUCAGAUCCCUCCGCACUCAGAUCCCUCUGCACUCAGAUCCCUCUGCACUCAGAUCCCUCCGCACUCAGAUCCCUCUGCACUCAGAUCCCUCUGCACUCAGAUCCCUCCGCACUCAGAUCCUCUGCACUCAGAUCCCUCUGCACUCAGAUCCCUCCGCACUCAGAUCCCUCCGCACUCAGAUCCCUCCGCACUCAGAUCCCUCCGCACUCAGAUCCCUCCGCACUCAGAUCCCUCCGCACUCAGAUCCCUCCGCACUCAGAUCCCUCCGCACUCAGAUCCCUCUGCACUCAGAUCCCUCUGCACUCAGAUCCCUCUGCACUCAGAUCCCUCCGCACUCAGAUCCCUCCGCACUCAGACCUCUGCACUCAGAUCCCUCCGCACUCAGAUCCCUCCGCACUCAGAUCCCUCCGCACUCAGAUCCCUCUGCACUCAGAUCCCUCCGCACUCAGAUCCCUCCGCACUCAGAUCCCUCCGCACUCAGAUCCCUCCGCACUCAGAUCCCUCCGCACUCAGAUCCUCCGCACUCAGAUCCCUCCGCACUCAGAUCCUUCGCACUCAGAUCCCUCCGCACUCAGAUUCCUCCGCACUCAGAUCCCUCCGCACUCAGAUUCCUCCGCACUCAGAUCCCUCCGCACUCAGAUCCCUCCGCACUCAGAUCCCUCCGCACUCAGAUCCCUCCGCACUCAGAUCCCUCCGCACUCAGAUUCCUCCGCACUCAGAUUCCUCCGCACUCAGAUUCCUCCGCACUCAGAUCCCUCCGCACUCAGAUCCCUCCGCACUCAGAUCCCUCUGCACUCAGAUCCCUCCGCACUCAGAUCCCUCUGCACUCAGAUCCCUCCGCACUCAGAUCCUCGCACUCAGAUCCCUCUGCACUCAGAUCCCUCCGCACUCAGAUCCCUCUGCACUCAGAUCCCUCCGCACUCAGAUCCCUCCGCACUCAGAUCCCUCCGCACUCAGAUCCCUCCGCACUCAGAUCCCUCCGCACUCAGAUCCCUCGCACUCAGAUCCCUCCGCACUCAGAUCCCUCCGCACUCAGAUCCCUCCGCACUCAGAUCCCUCUGCACUCAGAUCCCUCUGCACUCAGAUCCCUCUGCACUCAGAUCCCUCCGCACUCAGAUCCCUCCGCACUCAGAUCCCUCUGCACUCAGAUCCCUCCGCACUCAGAUCCCUCCGCACUCAGAUCCUCUGCACUCAGAUCCCUCCGCACUCAGAUCCCUCCGCACUCAGAUCCUCUGCACUCAGAUCCCUCUGCACUCAGAUCCCUCCGCACUCAGAUCCCUCCGCACUCAGAUCCCUCCGCACUCAGAUCCCUCCGCACUCAGAUCCCUCCGCACUCAGAUCCUCCGCACUCAGAUCCCUCCGCACUCAGAUCCCUUCGCACUCAGAUCCCUCCGCACUCAGAUCCCUCCGCACUCAGAUUCCUCCGCACUCAGAUCCCUCCGCACUCAGAUCCCUCUGCACUCAGAUCCCUCCGCACUCAGAUCCCUCUGCACUCAGAUCCCUCUGCACUCAGAUCCCUCCGCACUCAGAUCCCUCUGCACUCAGAUCCCUCCGCACUCAGAUCCUCCGCACUCAGAUCCCUCCGCACUCAGAUCCCUCCGCACUCAGAUCCCUCCGCACUCAGAUCCCCUGCACUCAGAUCCCUCCGCACUCAGAUCCCUCCGCACUCAGAUCCCUCUGCACUCAGAUCCCUCCGCACUCAGAUUCCUCCGCACUCAGAUCCCUCCGCACUCAGAUCCCUCCGCACUCAGAUCCCUCUCGCACUCAGAUCCCUCUGCACUCAGAUCCCUCCGCACUCAGAUCCCUCUGCACUCAGAUCCCUCGCACUCAGAUCCCUCUGCACUCAGAUCCCUCUGCACUCAGAUCCCUCCGCACUCAGAUCCCUCUGCACUCAGAUCCCUCUGCACUCAGAUCCCUCCGCACUCAGAUCCUCCGCACUCAGAUCCCUCCGCACUCAGAUCCCUCGCACUCAGAUCCCUCCGCACUCAGAUCCUCUGCACUCAGAUCCCUCCGCACUCAGAUCCCUCUGCACUCAGAUCCCUCCGCACUCAGAUCCCUCUGCACUCAGAUCCCUCUGCACUCAGAUCCCUCCGCACUCAGAUCCCUCUGCACUCAGAUCCCUCUGCACUCAGAUCCCUCCGCACUCAGAUUCCUCCGCACUCAGAUCCUCCGCACUCAGAUCCCUCCGCACUCAGAUCCCUCCGCACUCAGAUCCCUCCGCACUCAGAUCCUCCGCACUCAGAUCCCUCUGCACUCAGAUCCCUCCGCACUCAGAUCCCUCGCACUCAGAUCCCUCUGCACUCAGAUUCCUCCGCACUCAGAUCCCUCCGCACUCAGAUCCCUCCGCACUCAGAUCCUCCGCACUCAGAUCCCUCCGCACUCAGAUCCCUCUGCACUCAGAUCCUUCUGCACUCAGAUCCCUCUGCACUCAGAUCCCUCUGCACUCAGAUCCCUCCGCACUCAGAUCCCUCUGCACUCAGAUCCCUCUGCACUCAGAUCCCUCCGCACUCAGAUCCCUCCGCACUCAGAUCCCUCCGCACUCAGAUCCCUCUGCACUCAGAUCCCUCUGCACUCAGAUCCCUCUGCACUCAGAUCCCUCCGCACUCAGAUCCCUCCGCACUCAGAUCCCUCUGCACUCAGAUCCCUCUGCACUCAGAUCCCUCUGCACUCAGAUCCCUCCGCACUCAGAUCCUCUGCACUCAGAUCCCUCCGCACUCAGAUCCCUCCGCACUCAGAUCCCUCCGCACUCAGAUCCCUCCGCACUCAGAUUCCUCCGCACUCAGAUUCCUCCGCACUCAGAUCCCUCUGCACUCAGAUCCCUCCGCACUCAGAUCCCUCCGCACUCAGAUCCCUCCGCACUCAGAUUCCUCCGCACUCAGAUCCCUCUGCACUCAGAUUCCUCCGCACUCAGAUCCUCUGCACUCAGAUCCCUCUGCACUCAGAUCCCUCCGCACUCAGAUCCCUCUGCACUCAGAUCCCUCCGCACUCAGAUUCCUCCGCACUCAGAUCCCUCCGCACAGAUCACUCUGCACUCAGAUCCCUCUGCACUCAGAUCCCUCUGCACUCAGAUCCCUCUGCACUCAGAUCCCUCCGCACUCAGAUCCCUCUGCACUCAGAUCCCUCUGCACUCAGAUCCCUCCGCACUCAGAUCCCUCCGCACUCAGAUCCCUCCGCACUCAGAUCCCUCUGCACUCAGAUUCCUCUGCACUCAGAUCCCUCCGCACUCAGAUCCCUCUGCACUCAGAUCCCUCUGCACUCAGAUCCCUCUGCACUCAGAUCCCUCCUGCACUCAGAUCCCUCCGCACUCAGAUCCCUCUGCACUCAGAUCCCUCCGCACUCAGAUCCCUCCGCACUCAGAUCCCUCCGCACUCAGAUCCCUCCGCACUCAGAUUCCUCCGCACUCAGAUCCUCCGCACUCAGAUCCCUCUGCACUCAGAUCCCUCCGCACUCAGAUCCCUCCGCACUCAGAUCCCUCCGCACUCAGAUUCCCUCCGCACUCAGAUCCCUCUGCACUCAGAUCCUCCGCACUCAGAUCCCUUGCACUCAGAUCCCUCUGCACUCAGAUCCCUCCGCACUCAGAUCCCUCCGCACUCAGAUCCCUCCGCACUCAGAUCCCUCCGCACUCAGAUCCCUCCGCACUCAGAUCCCUCUGCACUCAGAUCCCUCUGCACUCAGAUCCCUCUGCACUCAGAUCCCUCUGCACUCAGAUCCCUCCGCACUCAGAUCCCUCUGCACUCAGAUCCCUCUGCACUCAGAUCCCUCCGCACUCAGAUCCCUCCGCACUCAGAUCCCUCCGCACUCAGAUCCCUCUGCACUCAGAUCCCUCUGCACUCAGAUCCCUCUGCACUCAGAUCCCUCUGCACUCAGAUCCCUCUGCACUCAGAUCCCUCUGCACUCAGAUCCCUCUGCACUCAGAUCCCUCGCACUCAGAUCCCUCCGCACUCAGAUCCCUCUGCACUCAGAUCCCUCCGCACUCAGAUCCCUCCGCACUCAGAUCCCUCCGCUCCCUCCCUCCUCACUCAGAUCCCUCCGCACUCAGAUCCCUCCGCACUCAGAUCCCUCCGCACUCAGAUCCCUCCGCACUCAGAUCCCUCUGCACUCAGAUCCCUCUGCACUCAGAUCCCUCCGCACUCAGAUCCCUCUGCACUCAGAUCCCUCCGCACUCAGAUCCUCCGCACUCAGAUCCCUCCGCACUCAGAUCCCUCCGCACUCAGAUUCCUCCGCACUCAGAUCCCUCCGCACUCAGAUCCCUCUGCACUCAGAUCCUCCGCACUCAGAUCCCUCUGCACUCAGAUCCCUCUGCACUCAGAUCCCUCCGCACUCAGAUCCCUCUGCACUCAGAUCCCUCCGCACUCAGAUCCCUCCGCACUCAGAUCCCUCCGCACUCAGAUCCCUCCGCACUCAGAUCCCUCUGCACUCAGAUCCCUCCGCACUCAGAUCCCUCUGCACUCAGAUCCCUCUGCACUCAGAUCCCUCCGCACUCAGAUCCCUCCGCACUCAGAUCCCUCUGCACUCAGAUCCCUCCGCACUCAGAUCCCUCCGCACUCAGAUCCCUCCGCACUCAGAUCCCUCCGCACUCAGAUCCCCGCACUCAGAUCCCUCCGCACUCAGAUCCCUCUGCACUCAGAUCCCUCCGCACUCAGAUCCCUCCGCACUCAGAUCCCUCCGCACUCAGAUCCCUCCGCACUCAGAUCCCUCUGCACUCAGAUCCCUCCGCACUCAGAUCCCUCUGCACUCAGAUCCCUCCGCACUCAGAUCCCUCCGCACUCAGAUCCCUCCGCACUCAGAUCCCUCCGCACUCAGAUUCCUCGCACUCAGAUUCCUCCGCACUCAGAUUCCUCCGCACUCAGAUCCCUCCGCACUCAGAUCCCUCGCACUCAGAUCCCUCUGCACUCAGAUCCUCCGCACUCAGAUCCCUCUGCACUCAGAUCCUCCGCACUCAGAUCCCUCUGCACUCAGAUCCCUCCGCACUCAGAUCCCUCUGCACUCAGAUCCCUCUGCACUCAGAUCCCUCGCACUCAGAUCCUCCGCACUCAGAUCCUCCGCACUCAGAUCCCUCCGCACUCAGAUCCCUCCGCACUCAGAUCCCUCCGCACUCAGAUCCUCUGCACUCAGAUCCCUCUGCACUCAGAUCCCUCUGCACUCAGAUCCCUCCGCACUCAGAUCCCUCUGCACUCAGAUCCCUCCGCACUCAGAUCCCUCUGCACUCAGAUCCCUCUGCACUCAGAUCCCUCCGCACUCAGAUCCCUCCGCACUCAGAUCCCUCCGCACUCAGAUCCCUCCGCACUCAGAUCCCUCCGCACUCAGAUCCCUCCGCACUCAGAUCCCUCCGCACUCAGAUCCCUCGCACUCAGAUCCCUCUGCACUCAGAUCCCUCUGCACUCAGAUCCCUCCGCACUCAGAUCCCUUCGCACUCAGAUCCUCCGCACUCAGAUCCCUCCGCACUCAGAUCCCUCCGCACUCAGAUCCCUCUGCACUCAGAUCCCUCUGCACUCAGAUCCCUCCGCACUCAGAUCCCUCUGCACUCAGAUCCCUCCGCACUCAGAUCCCUCUGCACUCAGAUCAACUCGCACUCAGAUCCCUCCGCACUCAGAUCCCUCCGCACUCAGAUCCCUCCGCACUCAGAUCCCUCCGCACUCAGAUCCCUCCGCACUCAGAUUCCUCCGCACUCAGAUCCCUCCGCACUCAGAUCCUCCGCACUCAGAUCCCUCUGCACUCAGAUCCCUCCGCACUCAGAUCCCUCCGCACUCAGAUCCCUCUGCACUCAGAUCCCUCCGCACUCAGAUCCCUCUGCACUCAGAUCCCUCCGCACUCAGAUCCCCUGCACUCAGAUCCCUCCGCACUCAGAUCCCUCCGCACUCAGAUCCCUCCGCACUCAGAUCCCUCCGCACUCAGAUCCCUCGCACUCAGAUCCCUCCGCACUCAGAUCCCUCCGCACUCAGAUCCCUCCGCACUCAGAUCCUCCGCACUCAGAUCCCUCUGCACUCAGAUCCCUCCGCACUCAGAUCCCUCCGCACUCAGAUCCCUGCACUCAGAUCCUCCGCACUCAGAUCCCUCCGCACUCAGAUCCCUCUGCACUCAGAUCCUCCGCACUCAGAUCCCUCUGCACUCAGAUCCCUCUGCACUCAGAUCCCUCUGCACUCAGAUCCCUCCGCACUCAGAUCCCUCUGCACUCAGAUCCCUCGCACUCAGAUCCCUCUGCACUCAGAUCCCUCCGCACUCAGAUCCCUCGCACUCAGAUCCCUCCGCACUCAGAUCCCUCUGCACUCAGAUCCCUCUGCACUCAGAUCCUCCGCACUCAGAUCCCUCCGCACUCAGAUCCUCUGCACUCAGAUCCCUCUGCACUCAGAUCCCUCUGCACUCAGAUCCCUCCGCACUCAGAUCCCUCGCACUCAGAUCCCUCCGCACUCAGAUCCCUCCGCACUCAGAUCCCUCCGCACUCAGAUCCCUCUGCACUCAGAUUCCUCUGCACUCAGAUCCCUCCGCACUCAGAUCCCUCUGCACUCAGAUCCCUCCGCACUCAGAUCCCUCUGCACUCAGAUCCCUCCGCACUCAGAUCCCUCGCACUCAGAUCCCUCCGCACUCAGAUCCCUCCGCACUCAGAUCCCUCCGCACUCAGAUCCCUCCGCACUCAGAUCCCUCCGCACUCAGAUUCUCCGCACUCAGAUUCCUCCGCACUCAGAUCCCUCUGCACUCAGAUCCCUCCGCACUCAGACCCCUCCGCACUCAGAUCCCUCUGCACUCAGAUCCCUCCGCACUCAGAUCCUCCGCACUCAGAUCCUCGCACUCAGAUCCCUCCGCACUCAGAUCCCUCCGCACUCAGAUCCCUCUGCACUCAGAUCCCUCUGCACUCAGAUCCCUCCGCACUCAGAUCCCUCCGCACUCAGAUCCCUCCGCACUCAGAUCCCUCCGCACUCAGAUCCCUCCGCACUCAGAUCCCUCCGCACUCAGAUCCCUCCGCACUCAGAUCCCUCCGCACUCAGAUCCCUCCGCACUCAGAUCCUCCGCACUCAGAUUCCUCCGCACUCAGAUUCCUCCGCACUCAGAUCCCUCUGCACUCAGAUCCCUCGCACUCAGAUCCUCCGCACUCAGAUCCCUCUGCACUCAGAUCCCUCCGCACUCAGAUCCCUCUGCACUCAGAUCCCUCCGCACUCAGAUCCCUCCGCACUCAGAUCCCUCUGCACUCAGAUCCCUCUGCACUCAGAUCCCUCCGCACUCAGAUCCCUCUGCACUCAGAUCCCUCUGCACUCAGAUCCCUCCGCACUCAGAUCCCUCCGCACUCAGAUCCCUCUGCACUCAGAUCCCUCCGCACUCAGAUCCCUCCGCACUCAGAUCCCUCUGCACUCAGAUCCCUCUGCACUCAGAUCCCUCCGCACUCAGAUCCCUCCGCACUCAGAUCCCUUCGCACUCAGAUCCCUCCGCACUCAGAUCCCUCCGCACUCAGAUCCCUCCGCACUCAGAUCCCUCCGCACUCAGAUCCCUCCGCACUCAGAUCCCUCCGCACUCAGAUUCCUCCGCACUCAGAUCCCUCCGCACUCAGAUCCCUCCGCACUCAGAUCCCUCUGCACUCAGAUCCCUCCGCACUCAGAUCCCCCGCACUCAGAUCCCUCUGCACUCAGAUCCCUCCGCACUCAGAUCCCUCCGCACUCAGAUCCCUUCGCACUCAGAUCCCUCCGCACUCAGAUCCCUCCGCACUCAGAUCCUCCGCACUCAGAUCCUCCGCACUCAGAUCCCUCCGCACUCAGAUCCUCCGCACUCAGAUCCCUCUGCACUCAGAUCCCUCUGCACUCAGAUCCCUCCGCACUCAGAUCCCUCCGCACUCAGAUCCCUUCGCACUCAGAUCCCUCCGCACUCAGAUCCCUCCGCACUCAGAUCCCUCCGCACUCAGAUCCCUCCGCACUCAGAUCCCUUCGCACUCAGAUCCCUCCGCACUCAGAUUCCUCCGCACUCAGAUUCCUCCGCACUCAGAUCCCUCCGCACUCAGAUCCCUCUGCACUCAGAUCCCUCCGCACUCAGAUCCCUCCGCACUCAGAUCCCUCUGCACUCAGAUCCCUCCGCACUCAGAUCCCUCUGCACUCAGAUCCCUCCGCACUCAGAUCCCUCUGCACUCAGAUCCCUCUGCACUCAGAUCCCUCCGCACUCAGAUCCCUCUGCACUCAGAUCCCUCUGCACUCAGAUCCCUCCGCACUCAGAUUCCUCCGCACUCAGAUCCCUCCGCACUCAGAUCCCUCCGCACUCAGAUCCCUCCGCACUCAGAUCCCUCCGCACUCAGAUCCCUCCGCACUCAGAUCCCUCCGCACUCAGAUCCCUCUGCACUCAGAUCCCUCUGCACUCAGAUCCCUCCGCACUCAGAUCCCUCCGCACUCAGAUCCCUCCGCACUCAGAUCCCUCCGCACUCAGAUCCUCUGCACUCAGAUCCCUCCGCACUCAGAUCCCUCUGCACUCAGAUCCCUCUGCACUCAGAUCCCUCCGCACUCAGAUCCCUCUGCACUCAGAUCCUCUGCACUCAGAUCCCUCCGCACUCAGAUUCCUCCGCACUCAGAUCCUCCGCACUCAGAUCCUCCGCACUCAGAUCCCUCCGCACUCAGAUCCCUCCGCACUCAGAUCCUCCGCACUCAGAUCCCUCUGCACUCAGAUUCCUCCGCACUCAGAUCCCUCUGCACUCAGAUCCCUCCGCACUCAGAUCCCUCGCACUCAGAUCCCUCCGCACUCAGAUCCCUCUACACUCAGAUCCCUCUCGCACUCAGAUCCCUCCGCACUCAGAUCCCUCCGCACUCAGAUCCCUCCGCACUCAGAUCCCUCCGCACUCAGAUCCCUCCGCACUCAGAUCCCUCUGCACUCAGAUCCCUCCGCACUCAGAUCCCUCCGCACUCAGAUCCCUCCGCACUCAGAUCCCUCCGCACUCAGAUUCCUCCGCACUCAGAUCCCUCCGCACUCAGAUCCCUCUGCACUCAGAUCCCUCCGCACUCAGAUCCCUCCGCACUCAGAUCCCUCCGCACUCAGAUUCCUCCGCACUCAGAUCCCUCUGCACUCAGAUCCCUCCGCACUCAGAUCCCUCCGCACUCAGAUCCCUCUGCACUCAGAUCCCUCCGCACUCAGAUCCCUCCGCACUCAGAUCCCUCUGCACUCAGAUCCCUCCGCACUCAGAUCCUCCGCACUCAGAUCCCUCCGCACUCAGAUCCCUCUGCACUCAGAUCCCUCUGCACUCAGAUCCCUCUGCACUCAGAUCCCUCCGCACUCAGAUCCCUCCGCACUCAGAUCCUCUGCACUCAGAUCCCUCUGCACUCAGAUCCCUCGCACUCAGAUCCCUCCGCACUCAGAUCCCUUUGCACUCAGAUCCCUCCGCACUCAGAUCCCUCUGCACUCAGAUCCCUCCGCACUCAGAUCCAUCCCUCUGCACUCAGAUCCCUCCGCACUCAGAUCCCUCCGCACUCAGAUCCCUCCGCACUCAGAUCCCUCCGCACUCAGAUCCCUCUGCACUCAGAUCCCUCCGCACUCAGAUCCCUCUGCACUCAGAUCCCUCCGCACUCAGAUCCCUCCGCACUCAGAUCCCUCCGCACUCAGAUCCCUCCGCACUCAGAUCCUCCGCACUCAGAUCCCUCCGCACUCAGAUUCCUCCGCACUCAGAUCCCUCUGCACUCAGAUCCCUCCGCACUCAGACCCCUCCGCACUCAGAUCCCUCCGCACUCAGAUCCCUCCGCACUCAGAUCCCUCCGCACUCAGAUCCCUCUGCACUCAGAUCCCUCCGCACUCAGAUCCCUCCGCACUCAGAUCCCUCCGCACUCAGAUCCCUCUGCACUCAGAUCCCUCUGCACUCAGAUCCCUCCGCACUCAGAUCCCUCCGCACUCAGAUCCCUUCGCACUCAGAUCCCUCCGCACUCAGAUCCCUCUGCACUCAGAUCCCUCCGCACUCAGAUCCCUCCGCACUCAGAUCCCUUCGCACUCAGACCCCUCCACACUCAGAUCCCUCCGCACUCAGAUCCCUCCGCACUCAGAUCCCUCCGCACUCAGAUCCCUCUGCACUCAGAUCCCUCCGCACUCAGAUCCCUCCGCACUCAGAUCCCUCCGCACUCAGAUCCCUCCGCACUCAGAUCCCUCCGCACUCAGAUCCCUCCGCACUCAGAUUCCUCCGCACUCAGAUUCCUCCGCACUCAGAUUCCUCCGCACUCAGAUCCCUCUGCACUCAGAUCCCUCCGCACUCAGAUCCCUCCGCACUCAGAUCCCUCCGCACUCAGAUCCCUCUGCACUCAGAUCCCUCUGCACUCAGAUCCCUCUGCACUCAGAUCCCUCUGCACUCAGAUCCCUCCGCACUCAGAUCCCUCCGCACUCAGAUCCCUCUGCACUCAGAUCCCUCUGCACUCAGAUCCCUCCGCACUCAGAUCCCUCCGCACUCAGAUCCCUCGCACUCAGAUCCCUCCGCACUCAGAUCCCUCCGCACUCAGAUCCCUCCGCACUCAGAUCCCUCCGCACUCAGAUCCCUCUGCACUCAUCCCUCCGCACUCAGAUCCCUCUGCACUCAGAUCCCUCUGCACUCAGAUCCCUCCGCACUCAGAUCCCUCCGCACUCAGAUCCCUCCGCACUCAGAUCCCUCCGCACUCAGAUCCCUCUGCACUCAGAUCCCUCCGCACUCAGAUCCCUCUGCACUCAGAUCCCUCCGCACUCAGAUCCCUCCGCACUCAGAUCCCUCCGCACUCAGAUCCCUCCGCACUCAGAUUCCUCCGCACUCAGAUUCCUCCGCACUCAGAUCCCUCCGCACUCAGAUCCCUCUGCACUCAGAUCCCUCCGCACUCAGAUCCCUCCGCACUCAGAUCCCUCCGCACUCAGAUCCCUCCGCACUCAGAUCCCUCCGCACUCAGAUCCCUCUGCACUCAGAUCCCUCUGCACUCAGAUCCCUCUGCACUCAGAUCCCUCGCACUCAGAUCCCUCCGCACUCAGAUCCCUCCGCACUCAGAUCCCUCCGCACUCAGAUCCCUCCGCACUCAGAUCCCUCCGCACUCAGAUCCCUCCGCACUCAGAUCCCUCCGCACUCAGAUUCCUCCGCACUCAGAUCCCUCCGCACUCAGAUCCCUCCGCACUCAGAUCCCUCUGCACUCAGAUCCCUCCGCACUCAGAUCCCUCCGCACUCAGAUCCCUCUGCACUCAGAUCUCUCGCACUCAGAUCCCUCCGCACUCAGAUCCCUCCGCACUCAGAUCCCUCUGCACUCAGAUCCCUCUGCACUCAGAUCCCUCUGCACUCAGAUCCCUCCGCACUCAGAUCCCUCUGCACUCAGAUCCCUCCGCACUCAGAUCCCUCUGCACUCAGAUCCCUCCGCACUCAGAUCCCUCCGCACUCAGAUCCCUCCGCACUCAGAUCCCUCCGCACUCAGAUCCCUCCGCACUCAGAUUCCUCCGCACUCAGAUCCCUCUGCACUCAGAUCCCUCCGCACUCAGAUCCCUCCGCACUCAGAUCCCUCUGCACUCAGAUCCUUCGCACUCAGAUCCCUCUGCACUCAGAUCCCUCCGCACUCAGAUCCCUCGCACUCAGAUCCCUCCGCACUCAGAUCCCUCUGCACUCAGAUCCCUCCGCACUCAGAUCCCUCCGCACUCAGAUCCCUCCGCACUCAGAUCCCUCCGCACUCAGAUCCCUCCGCACUCAGAUCCCUCUGCACUCAGAUCCCUCCGCACUCAGAUCCCUCCGCACUCAGAUCCCUCCGCACUCAGAUCCCUCCGCACUCAGAUCCCUCCGCACUCAGAUCCCUCUGCACUCAGAUCCCUCUGCACUCAGAUCCCUCUGCACUCAGAUCCCUCCGCACUCAGAUCCCUCCGCACUCAGAUCCCUCCGCACUCAGAUCCCUCUGCACUCAGAUCCCUCUGCACUCAGAUCCCUCUGCACUCAGAUCCCUCCGCACUCAGAUCCCUCCGCACUCAGAUCCCUCCGCACUCAGAUCCCUCUGCACUCAGAUCCCUCUGCACUCAGAUCCCUCCGCACUCAGAUCCCUCCGCACUCAGAUCCCUCGCACUCAGAUCCCUCCGCACUCAGAUCCCUCCGCACUCAGAUCCCUCCGCACUCAGAUCCCUCUGCACUCAUAUCCCUCCGCACCUAGAUCCCUCUGCACUCAGAUCCCUCUGCACUCAGAUCCCUCCACACUCAGAUCCCUCCGCACUCAGAUCCCUCCGCACUCAGAUCCCUCCGCACUCAUCCCUCUGCACUCAGAUCCCUCCGCACUCAGAUCCCUCUGCACUCAGAUCCCUCCGCACUCAGAUCCCUCCGCACUCAGAUCCCUCCGCACUCAGAUCCCUCCGCACUCAGAUCCUCCGCACUCAGAUCCUCCGCACUCAGAUCCCUCUGCACUCAGAUCCCUCCGCACUCAGAUCCCUCCGCACUCAGAUCCCUCCGCACUCAGAUCCCUCCGCACUCAGAUCCCUCCGCACUCAGAUCCCUCUGCACUCAGAUCCCUCUGCACUCAGAUCCCUCUGCACUCAGAUCCCUUCGCACUCAGAUCCCUCCGCACUCAGAUCCCUCCGCACUCAGAUCCCUCCGCACUCAGAUCCCUCCGCACUCAGAUCCCUCCGCACUCAGAUCCCUCCGCACUCAGAUCCCUCCGCACUCAGAUCCUCCGCACUCAGAUCCUCCGCACUCAGAUCCCUCCGCACUCAGAUCCCUCUGCACUCAGAUCCCUCCGCACUCAGAUCCCUCCGCACUCAUAUCCCUCUGCACUCAGAUCCCUCCGCACUCAGAUCCCUCCGCACUCAGAUCCCUCCGCACUCAGAUCCCUCUGCACUCAGAUCCCUCUGCACUCAGAUCCCUCUGCACUCAGAUCCCUCCGCACUCAGAUCCCUCUGCACUCAGAUCCCUCCGCACUCAGAUCCCUCUGCACUCAGAUCCCUCCGCACUCAGAUCCCUCCGCACUCAGAUCCCUCCGCACUCAGAUCCCUCCGCACUCAGAUCCCUCCGCACUCAGAUUCCUCCGCACUCAGAUCCCUCUGCACUCAGAUCCCUCCGCACUCAGAUCCCUCCGCACUCAGAUCCCUCUGCACUCAGAUCCCUCCGCACUCAGAUCCUCUGCACUCAGAUCCCUCCGCACUCAGAUCCCUCCGCACUCAGAUCCCUCCGCACUCAGAUCCCUCCGCACUCAGAUCCCUCCGCACUCAGAUCCCUCCGCACUCAGAUUCCUCCGCACUCAGAUUCCUCCGCACUCAGAUUCCUCCGCACUCAGAUCCCUCUGCACUCAGAUCCCUCCGCACUCAGAUCCCUCCGCACUCAGAUCCCUCCGCACUCAGAUCCCUCCGCACUCAGAUCCCUCCGCACUCAGAUCCCUCUGCACUCAGAUCCCUCUGCACUCAGAUCCCUCUGCACUCAGAUCCCUCCGCACUCAGAUCCCUCCGCACUCAGAUCCCUCCGCACUCAGAUCCCUCUGCACUCAGAUCCCUCUGCACUCAGAUCCCUCCGCACUCAGAUCCCUCCGCACUCAGAUCCCUUCGCACUCAGAUCCCUCCGCACUCAGAUCCCUUCGCACUCAGAUCCCUCCGCACUCAGAUCCCUCCGCACUCAGAUCCCUCCGCACUCAGAUCCCUCCGCACUCAGAUCCCUCUGCACUCAGAUCCCUCUGCACUCAGAUCCCUCUGCACUCAGAUCCCUCUGCACUCAGAUCCCUUCGCACUCAGAUCCCUCCGCACUCAGAUCCCUCCGCACUCAGAUCCCUCCGCACUCAGAUCCCUCUGCACUCAGAUCCCUCUGCACUCAGAUCCCUCCGCACUCAGAUCCCUCUGCACUCAGAUCCCUCCGCACUCAGAUCCCUCCGCACUCAGAUCCCUCCGCACUCAGAUCCCUCUGCACUCAGAUCCCUCUGCACUCAGAUCCCUUCGCACUCAGAUCCCUCCGCACUCAGAUCCCUCCGCACUCAGAUCCCUCCGCACUCAGAUCCCUCUGCACUCAGAUCCCUCUGCACUCAGAUCCCUCCGCACUCAGAUCCCUCUGCACUCAGAUCCCUCCGCACUCAGAUCCCUCCGCACUCAGAUCCCUCCGCACUCAGAUCCCUCCGCACUCAGAUCCCUCUGCACUCAGAUCCCUCCGCACUCAGAUCCCUCCGCACUCAGAUUCCUCCGCACUCAGAUCCCUCCGCACUCAGAUCCCUCUGCACUCAGAUCCCUCCGCACUCAGAUCCCUCCGCACUCAGAUCCCUCUGCACUCAGAUCCCUCCGCACUCAGAUCCCUCCGCACUCAGAUCCCUCUGCACUCAGAUCCCUCUGCACUCAGAUCCCUCUGCACUCAGAUCCCUCUGCACUCAGAUCCCUCCGCACUCAGAUCCCUCCGCACUCAGAUCCCUCGCACUCAGAUCCCUCCGCACUCAGAUCCCUCCGCACUCAGAUCCCUCCGCACUCAGAUCCCUCCGCACUCAGAUCCCUCUGCACUCAGAUCCCUCUGCACUCAGAUCCCUCUGCACUCAGAUCCCUCUGCACUCAGAUCCCUCCGCACUCAGAUCCCUCCGCACUCAGAUCCCUCCGCACUCAGAUCCCUCCGCACUCAGAUCCCUCUGCACUCAGAUCCCUCCGCACUCAGAUCCCUCCGCACUCAGAUCCCUCUGCACUCAGAUCCCUCCGCACUCAGAUCCCUCCGCACUCAGAUCCCUCCGCACUCAGAUCCCUCCGCACUCAGAUCCCUCUGCACUCAGAUCCCUCCGCACUCAGAUCCCUCCGCACUCAGAUCCCUCCGCACUCAGAUCCCUCCGCACUCAGAUCCCUCUGCACUCAGAUCCCUCCGCACUCAGAUCCUCCGCACUCAGAUCCCUCCGCACUCAGAUCCCUCCGCACUCAGAUCCCUCUGCACUCAGAUCCCUCCGCACUCAGAUCCCUCCGCACUCAGAUCCCUCUGCACUCAGAUCCCUCCGCACUCAGAUCCCUCCGCACUCAGAUCCCUCUGCACUCAGAUCCCUCUGCACUCAGAUCCCUCUGCACUCAGAUCCCUCCGCACUCAGAUCCCUCCGCACUCAGAUCCCUCCGCACUCAGAUCCCUUCGCACUCAGAUCCCUCCGCACUCAGAUCCCUCCGCACUCAGAUCCCUCCGCACUCAGAUCCCUCCGCACUCAGAUCCCUCUGCACUCAGAUCCCUCUGCACUCAGAUCCCUCUGCACUCAGAUCCCUCUGCACUCAGAUCCCUUCGCACUCAGAUCCCUCCGCACUCAGAUCCCUCCGCACUCAGAUCCCUCCGCACUCAGAUCCCUCUGCACUCAGAUCCCUCCGCACUCAGAUCCCUCCGCACUCAGAUCCCUCUGCACUCAGAUCCCUCCGCACUCAGAUCCCUCCGCACUCAGAUCCCUCCGCACUCAGAUCCCUCCGCACUCAGAUCCCUCUGCACUCAGAUCCCUCCGCACUCAGAUCCCUCCGCACUCAGAUCCUCCGCACUCAGAUCCCUCCGCACUCAGAUCCCUCUGCACUCAGAUCCCUCCGCACUCAGAUCCUCCGCACUCAGAUCCCUCUGCACUCAGAUCCCUCCGCACUCAGAUCCCUCCGCACUCAGAUCCCUCUGCACUCAGAUCCCUCCGCACUCAGAUCCCUCCGCACUCAGAUCCCUCCGCACUCAGAUCCCUCUGCACUCAGAUCCCUCCGCACUCAGAUCCCUCCGCACUCAGAUCCCUCUGCACUCAGAUCCCUCUGCACUCAGAUCCCUCCGCACUCAGAUCCCUCCGCACUCAGAUCCCUCCGCACUCAGAUCCCUCCGCACUCAGAUCCCUCCGCACUCAGAUCCCUCCGCACUCAGAUUCCUCCGCACUCAGAUCCCUCCGCACUCAGAUCCCUCCGCACUCAGAUCCCUCUGCACUCAGAUCCCUCCGCACUCAGAUCCCUCCGCACUCAGAUCCCUCCGCACUCAGAUCCCUUCGCACUCAGAUCCCUCCGCACUCAGAUCCCUCUGCACUCAGAUCCCUCUGCACUCAGAUCCCUCUGCACUCAGAUCCCUCCGCACUCAGAUCCCUCCGCACUCAGAUCCCUCCGCACUCAGAUCCCUCUGCACUCAGAUCCCUCUGCACUCAGAUCCCUCCGCACUCAGAUCCCUCCGCACUCAGAUCCCUUCGCACUCAGAUCCCUCCGCACUCAGAUCCCUCCGCACUCAGAUCCCUCCGCACUCAGAUCCCUCCGCACUCAGAUCCCUCUGCACUCAGAUCCCUCUGCACUCAGAUCCCUCUGCACUCAGAUCCCUCCGCACUCAGACCCUUCGCACUCAGAUCCCUCCGCACUCAGAUCCCUCCGCACUCAGAUCCCUCCGCACUCAGAUCCCUCUGCACUCAGAUCCCUCUGCACUCAGAUCCCUCCGCACUCAGAUCCCUCUGCACUCAGAUCCCUCCGCACUCAGAUCCCUCUGCACUCAGAUCCCUCCGCACUCAGAUCCCUCCGCACUCAGAUCCCUCCGCACUCAGAUCCCUCCGCACUCAGAUCCCUCCGCACUCAGAUCCCUCCGCACUCAGAUUCCUCCGCACUCAGAUCCUCCGCACUCAGAUUCCUCCGCACUCAGAUCCCUCUGCACUCAGAUCCCUCCGCACUCAGAUCCCUCCGCACUCAGAUCCCUCCGCACUCAGAUCCCUCCGCACUCAGAUCCCUCCGCACUCAGAUCCCUCUGCACUCAGAUCCCUCUGCACUCAGAUCCCUCUGCACUCAGAUCCCUCCGCACUCAGAUCCCUUGCACUCAGAUCCCUCCGCACUCAGAUCCCUCCGCACUCAGAUCCCUCCGCCCUCAGAUCCCUCUGCACUCAGAUCCCUCUGCACUCAGAUCCCUCCGCACUCAGAUCCCUCUGCACUCAGAUCCCUCCGCACUCAGAUCCCUCUGCACUCAGAUCCCUCCGCACUCAGAUCCCUCCGCACUCAGAUCCCUCCGCACUCAGAUCCCUCCGCACUCAGAUCCCUCCGCACUCAGAUCCCUCCGCACUCAGAUUCCUCCGCACUCAGAUUCCUCCGCACUCAGAUUCCUCCGCACUCAGAUCCCUCUGCACUCAGAUCCCUCCGCACUCAGAUCCCUCCGCACUCAGAUCCCUCUGCACUCAGAUCCCUCCGCACUCAGAUCCCUCCGCACUCAGAUCCCUCUGCACUCAGAUCCCUCCGCACUCAGAUCCCUCCGCACUCAGAUCCCUCCGCACUCAGAUCCCUCCGCACUCAGAUCCCUCUGCACUCAGAUCCCUCCGCACUCAGAUCCCUCCGCACUCAGAUCCCUCUGCACUCAGAUCCCUCUGCACUCAGAUCCCUCCGCACUCAGAUCCCUCCGCACUCAGAUCCCUCUGCACUCAGAUCCCUCCGCACUCAGAUUCCUCCGCACUCAGAUUCCUCCGCACUCAGAUUCCUCCGCACUCAGAUCCCUCUGCACUCAGAUCCCUCCGCACUCAGAUUCCGCACUCAGAUCCCUCUGCACUCAGAUCCCUCCGCACUCAGAUCCCUCCGCACUCAGAUCCCUCUGCACUCAGAUCCCUCCGCACUCAGAUCCCUCCGCACUCAGAUCCCUCCGCACUCAGAUCCCUCCGCACUCAGAUCCCUCCGCACUCAGAUCCCUCCGCACUCAGAUUCCUCCGCACUCAGAUCCUCCGCACUCAGAUUCCUCCGCACUCAGAUCCCUCUGCACUCAGAUCCCUCCGCACUCAGAUCCCUCCGCACUCAGAUCCCUCUGCACUCAGAUCCCUCCGCACUCAGAUCCCUCCGCACUCAGAUCCCUCUGCACUCAGAUCCCUCCGCACUCAGAUCCCUCCGCACUCAGAUCCCUCCGCACUCAGAUCCCUCUGCACUCAGAUCCCUCUGCACUCAGAUCCCUCUGCACUCAGAUCCCUCCGCACUCAGAUCCCUCCGCACUCAGAUCCCUCUGCACUCAGAUCCCUCUGCACUCAGAUCCCUCUGCACUCAGAUCCCUCCGCACUCAGAUCCCUCCGCACUCAGAUCCCUCGCACUCAGAUCCCUCCGCACUCAGAUCCCUCCGCACUCAGAUCCCUCCGCACUCAGAUCCCUCCGCACUCAGAUCCCUCCGCACUCAGAUCCCUCUGCACUCAGAUCCCUCUGCACUCAGAUCCCUCCGCACUCAGAUCCCUCCGCACUCAGAUCCCUUCGCACUCAGAUCCCUCCGCACUCAGAUCCCUCUGCACUCAGAUCCCUCCGCACUCAGAUCCCUCUGCACUCAGAUCCCUCCGCACUCAGAUCCCUCUGCACUCAGAUCCCUCUGCACUCAGAUCCCUCUGCACUCAGAUCCCUCCGCACUCAGAUCCCUUCGCACUCAGAUCCCUCCGCACUCAGAUCCCUCCGCACUCAGAUCCCUCCGCACUCAGAUCCCUCUGCACUCAGAUCCCUCUGCACUCAGAUCCCUCUGCACUCAGAUCCCUCCGCACUCAGAUCCCUCUGCACUCAGAUCCCUCCGCACUCAGAUCCCUCCUCACUCAGAUCCCUCCGCACUCAGAUCCCUCCGCACUCAGAUCCCUCCGCACUCAGAUCCCUCCGCACUCAGAUUCCUCCGCACUCAGAUCCCUCUGCACUCAGAUCCCUCCGCACUCAUACCCCUCCGCACUCAGAUCCCUCUGCACUCAGAUCCCUCUGCACUCAGAUCCCUCCGCACUCAGAUCCCUCCGCACUCAGAUCCCUCCGCACUCAGAUCCCUCCGCACUCAGAUCCUCCGCACUCAGAUUCCUCCGCACUCAGAUUCCUCCGCACUCAGAUCCCUCUGCACUCAGAUCCCUCCGCACUCAGAUCCCUCCGCACUCAGACCCUCCGCACUCAGAUCCCUCCGCACUCAGAUCCCUCCGCACUCAGAUCCCUCCGCACUCAGAUCCCUCCGCACUCAGAUUCCUCCGCACUCAGAUCCCUCUGCACUCAGAUCCCUCCGCACUCAGACCCCUCCGCACUCAGAUCCCUCUGCACUCAGAUCCCUCUGCACUCAGAUCCCUCCGCACUCAGAUCCCUCCGCACUCAGAUCCCUCCGCACUCAGAUCCCUCCGCACUCAGAUUCCUCCGCACUCAGAUUCCUCCGCACUCAGAUUCUUCCGCACUCAGAUCCCUCUGCACUCAGAUCCCUCCGCACUCAGAUCCCUCCGCACUCAGAUCCCUCUGCACUCAGAUCCCUCCGCACUCAGAUCCCUCCGCACUCAGAUCCCUCUGCACUCAGAUCCCUCCGCACUCAGAUCCCUCCGCACUCAGAUCCCUCCGCACUCAGAUCCCUCCGCACUCAGAUCCCUCUGCACUCAGAUCCCUCCGCACUCAGACCCUCCGCACUCAGAUCCCUCUGCACUCAGAUCCCUCUGCACUCAGAUCCCUCCGCACUCAGAUCCCUCCGCACUCAGAUCCCUCCGCACUCAGAUCCCUCCGCACUCAGAUCCCUCCGCACUCAGAUUCCUCCGCACUCAGAUCCUCCGCACUCAGAUCCCUCUGCACUCAGAUCCCUCCGCACUCAGAUCCCUCCGCACUCAGAUCCCUCUGCACUCAGAUCCCUCCGCACUCAGAUCCCUCCGCACUCAGAUCCCUCUGCACUCAGAUCCCUCCGCACUCAGAUCCCUCCGCACUCAGAUCCCUCCGCACUCAGAUCCCUCCGCACUCAGAUCCCUCCGCACUCAGAUCCUCCGCACUCAGAUCCCUCCGCACUCAGAAUCCUCCGCACUCAGAUCCCUCUGCACUCAGAUCCCUCCGCACUCAGACCCUUCGCACUCAGAUCCCUCUGCACUCAGAUCCCUCCGCACUCAGAUCCCUCCGCACUCAGAUCCCUCUGCACUCAGAUCUCUCCGCACUCAGAUCCCUCCGCACUCAGAUCCCUCCGCACUCAGAUCACUCUGCACUCAGAUCCCUCUGCACUCAGAUCCCUCUGCACUCAGAUCCCUCCGCACUCAGAUCCCUCCGCACUCAGAUCCCUCUGCACUCAGAUCCCUCUGCACUCAGAUCCCUCUGCACUCAGAUCCCUCCGCACUCAGAUCCCUCCGCACUCAGAUCCCUUCGCACUCAGAUCCCUCCGCACUCAGAUCCCUCCGCACUCAGAUCCCUCCGCACUCAGAUCCCUCCGCAUUCAGAUCCCUCCGCACUCAGAUCCCUCCGCACUCAGAUCCCUCUGCACUCAGAUCCCUCUGCACUCAGAUCCCUCCGCACCCAGAUCCCUCCGCACUCAGAUCCCUUCGCACUCAGAUCCCUCCGCACUUAGAUCCCUCUGCACUCAGAUCCCUCCGCUCUCAGAUCCGUCUGCACUCAGAUCCCUCUGCAGUCAGAUCCCUCCGCACUCAGAUCCCUCUGCACUCAGAUCCCUCUGCACUCAGAUCCCUCCGUACUCAGAUUCCUCCGCACUCAGAUCCCUCCGCACUCAGAUCCCUCCGCACUCAGAUCCCUCCGCACUCAGAUCCCUCCGCACUCAGAUUCUUCCGCACUCAAAUCCCUGCGCACUCAGAUUCCUCCGCACUCAGAUCACUCUGCACUCAGAUCCCUCUGCACUCAGAUUCCUCCGCACUCAGAUCCCUCCACACCCAGAUCCCUCCGCACUCAGAUUCCUCCGCACUCAGAUCCCUCCGCACUCAUAUCACUUUGCACUCAGAUCCUUCUGCACUCAAUCCCUCCGCACUCAGACCCCUCCGCACUCAGAUCCCUCCGCACUCAGAUCCCUCCGCACUCAGAUCCCUCCGCACUCAGAUCCCUCUACACUCAGAUCCCUCUGCACUCAGAUCCCUCUGCACUCAGAUCCCUCUGCACUCAGAUCCCUCCGCACUCAGAUCCCUCUGCACUCAGAUCCCUCCGCACCUGGAUCCCUCUGCACUCAGAUCCCUCCGCACUCAGAUGCCUCCGCACUCAGAUCCCUCCGCACUCAGAUCCCUCCGCACUCAGAUUCCUCCGCACUCAGAUUCCUCCGCACCUAGAUCCCUCUGCACUCAGACCCCUCCACACUCAGAUCCCUCCGCACUAAGAUCCCUCCGCACUCAGAUCCCUCCGCACUCAGACCCCUCCGCACUCAGAUCCCUCCGCACUCAGAUCCCUCCGCACUCAGAUCCCUCCGCACUCAGAUCCCUCCGCACUCAGAUUCCUCCGCACUCAGAUUCCUCCGCACUCAGAUUCCUCCGCACUCAGAUCCCUCUUCACUCAGAUCCCUCUGCACUCAGACCCCUCCGCACUCAGAUCCCUCUGCACUCAGAUCCCUCCGCACUCAGAUCCCUCCGCACUCAGAUCCCUCUGCACUCAGAUCUCUCCGCACUCAGAUCCCUCCGCACUCAGAUCCCUCCGCACUCAGAUCCCUCCGCACUCAGAUCCCUCCGCACUCAGAUCCCUCCGCACUCAGAUUCCUCCGCACUCAGAUUCCUCCGCACUCAGAUUCCUCCGCACUCAGAUCCCUCUGCACUCAGAUCCCUCCAUCCCUUUGCACUCAGAUCCCUCGGCACUCAGAUCGCUCUGCACUCAGAUCCCUCUGCACUCAGAUCCCUCCGUACUCAGAUCCCUCCGCACUCAGACCCCUCCGCACUCAUAUCCCUCUGCACUCAGAUCCCUCCGCACUCAGAUCCCUCCGCACUCAGAUCCCUCUGCACUCAGAUCUCUCCGCACUCAGAUCCCUCCGCACUCAGAUCCCUCCGCACUCAGAUCCCUCCGCACUCAGAUCCCUCCGCACUCAGAUCCCUCCGCACUCAGAUUCCUCCGCACUCAGAUUCCUCCGCACUCAGAUUCCUCCGCACUCAGAUCCCUCUGCACUCAGAUCCCUCCGCACUCAGACCCCUCCGCACUCAGAUCCCUCCGCACUCAGAUCCCUCCGCACUCAAAUCCCUCCGCACUCAGAUCCCUCUGCACUCAGAUCCCUCUGCACUCAGAUCCCUCCGCACUCAGAUCCCUCCGCACUCAGAUUCUUCCGCACUCAAAUCCCUGCGCACUCAGAUUCCUCCGCACUCAGAUCACUCUGCACUCAGAUCCCUCUGCACUCAGAUUCCUCCGCACUCAGAUCCCUCCGCACUAAGAUCCCUCCGCACUCAGAUUCCUCCGCACUCAGAUCCCUUCGCACUCAGAUCACUCUGCACUCAGAUCCUUCUGCACUCAGAUCCCUCUGCACUCAGAUCCCUUUGCACUCAGAUCCCUCGGCACUCAGAUCGCUCUGCACUCAGAUCCCUCUGCACUCAGAUCCCUCCGUACUCAGAUCCCUCCGCACUCAGAUCCCUCCGCACUCAGAUCCUUCUGCACUCAGAUCCCUCUGCACUCAGAUCCCUCUGCACUCAGAUCCCUCCGCACUCAGAUCCUCUACACUCAGAUCCCUCUGCACUCAGAUCCCUCUGCACUCAGAUCCCUCUGCACUCAGAUCCCUCCGCACUCAGAUCCCUCUGCACUCAGAUCCCUCCGCACCUAGAUCCCUCUGCACUCAGAUCCCUCCGCACUCAGAUCCCUCCGCACUCAGAUCCCUCCGCACUCAGAUCCCUCCGCACUCAGAUUCCUCCGCACUCAGAUUCCCCCGCACCUAGAUCCCUCUGCACUCAGACCCCUCCACACUCAGAUCCCUCUGCACUAAGAUCCCUCCGCACUCAGAUCCCUCCGCACUCAUAUCCCUCUGCACUCAGAUCCCUUUGCACUCAGAUCCCUCCGCACUCAGAUCCCUCCGCACUCGGAUCCCUCCGCACUCAGAUCGCUCCGCACUCAGAUCCCUCCGCACUCAGAUUCCUCCGCACUCAGAUUCCUCCGCACUCAGAUUCCUCCGCACUCAGAUCCCUCUGCACUCAGAUCCCUCCGCACUCAGACCCCUCCGCACUCAGAUCCCUCCGCACUCAGAUCCCUCCGCACUCAAAUCCCUCCGCACUCAGAUCCCUCUGCACUCAGAUCCCUCUGCACUCAGAUCCCUCUGCACUGAGAUCCCUCCGCACUCAGAUCCCUCCGCACUCAGAUCCCUCCGCACUCAGAUCCCUCUGCACUUUGAUCCCUCUGCACUCAAAUCCCUCCGCACUCAAAUCCCUCCGCACUCAGAUCCCUCCGCACUCAGAUCCCUCCAUCCCUCUGCACUCAGAUCCCUCUGCACUCAGAUCCCUCGGCACUCAGAUCGCUCUGCACUCAGAUCCCUCUGCACUCAGAUCCCUCCGUACUCAGAUCCCUCCGCACUCAGAUCCCUCCGCACUCAAAUCCUUCUGCACUCAGAUCCCUCUACACUCAGAUCCCUCUGCACUCAGAUCCCUUCGCACUCAGAUCCCUCUACACUCAGAUCCCUCUGCACUCAGAUCCCUCUGCAAUCAGAUCCCUCUGCACUCAGAUCCCUCUGCACUCAGUUCCUCCUGCACUCAGAACCCUCCGCACCUAGAUCCCUCUGCACUCAGAUCCCUCCACACUCAGAUCCCUCCGCACUCAGAUUCCUCCGCACUCAGAUCCCUCCGCACUCAGAUUCCUCCGCACUCAGAUUCCUCCGCACCUAGAUCCCUCUGCACUCAGACCCCUCCACACUCAGAUCCCUCCGCACUAAGAUCCCUCCGCACUCAGAUCCCUCCGCACUCAUAUCCCUCUGCACUCAGAUCCCUCCGCACUCAGAUCCCUCCGCACUCAGAUCCCUUCGCACUCAGAUCCCUCCGCACUAAGAUCCCUCCACACUCAGAUCCCUCCGCACUCAGAUUCCUCCGCACUCAGAUUCUUCCUCACUCAGAUUCCUCCGCACUCAGAUCCCUCUGCACUCAGAUCCCUCCGCACUCAGACCCCUUCGCACUCAGAUCCCUCCGCACUCAGAUCCCUCCGCACUCAGAUCCCUCCGCACUCAGAUCCUUCUGCACUCAGAUCCCUCUGCACUCAGAUCCCUCUGCACUCAGAUCCCUCAGCACUCAGAUCCCUCCGCACUCAGAUCCCUCCGCACUCAGAUCCCUCCGCACUCAGAUCCUUCUGCACUCAGAUCCCUCUGCACUCAGAUCCCUCUGCACUCAGAUCCCUCGGCACUCAGAUCCCUCUGCACUCAGAUCCCUCUGCACUCAGAUCCCUCCGUACUCAGAUCCCUCCGCACUCAGAUCCCUCCGCACUCAGAUCCUUCUGCACUCAGAUCCCUCUGCACUCAGAUCCCUCUGCACUCAGAUCCCUCCGCAAUCCAUCUGCACUCAGAUCCCUCCGCACCUAGAUCCCUCUGCACUCAGAUCCCUCCGCACUCAUAUCCCUCCGCACUCAGAUCCCUCUGCACUCAGAUCUCUCCGCACUCAGAUUCCUCCGCACUCAGAUUCCUUCGCACCUAGAUCCCUCUACACUCAGACCCCUCCACACUCAGAUCCCUCCGCACACAGAUCUCUCCGCACUCAGAUCCCUCCGCACUCAUAUCCCUCUGCACUCAGAUCCCUCCGCACUCAAAUCCCUCCGCACUCAGAUCCCUCCGCACUCAGAUCCCUCUGCACUCAGAUCCCUCCGCACUCAGAUCCCUCCGCACUCAGAUUCGUCCGCACUCAGAUUCCUCCCCACUCAGAUUCCUCCGCACUCAGAUCCCUCUGCACUCAGAUCCCUCCGCACUCAGACCCCUCCGCACUCAGAUCCCUCCGCACUCAGAUCCCUCCGCACUCAGAUCCCUCCGGACUCAGAUCCCUCCGCACUCAGAUCACUCUGCACUCAGAUCCCUCUGCACUCAGAUCCCUCUGCACUCAGAUCCCUCUGCACUCAGAUCCCUCCGCACUCAGAUCCCUCCGCACUCAGAUCACUCUGCACUCAGAUCCCUCUGCACUCAGAUCCCUCUGCACUCAGAUCCCUCUGCACUCAGAUCCCUCCGCACUCAGAUCCCUCCGCACUCAGAUCCCUCUGCACUCAGAUCCCUCUGCACUCAGAUCCCUCCGCACUCAGAUCCCUCCGCACUCAGAUCCCUUCGCACUCAGAUCCCUCCGCACUCAGAUACCUUUGCACUCAGAUCUCUCCGCACUCAGAUCCCUCCGUACUCAGAUCCCUCCGCACUCAGAUCCCUCUGCACUCAGAUCCCUCUGCACUCAGAUCCCUCUGCACCCAGAUCCCUUCGCACUCAGAUCCCUUCGCACUCAGAUCCCUCCGCACUCAGAUCCCUCCGCACUCAGAUCCCUCCGCUCUCAGAUCCGUCUCCACUCAGAUCCCUCCGCACUCAGAUCCCUCCGCACUCAGAUCCCUCUGCACUCAGAUCCCUCUGCAUUCAGAUCCCUCCGUACUCAGAUUCCUCCGCACUCAGAUCCCUCCGCACUCAGAUCCCUCCGCACUCAGAUCCAUCCGCACUCAGAUCCCUCCGCACUCAGAUUCUUCCGCACUCAAAUCUCUCCGCACUCAGAUUCCUCCGCACUCAGAUCCCUCUGCACUCAGAUUCCUCCGCACUCAGAUCCCUCUGCACUCAGAUCCCUCCGUACUCAGAUCCCUCCGCACUCAGAUCCCUCCGCACUCAGAUCCCUCUGCACUCAGAUCCCUCUGCACUCAGAUCCCUCCGCACUCGGAUUCCUCCGCACUCAGAUUCCUCCGCACUCAGAUUCCUCCGCACUCAGAUCCCUCCGCACUCAGAUCCCUCCGCACUCAGAUCCCUCCGCACUCAGAUUUCUCCGCACUCAGAUCCCUCCGCACUCAGAUCCCUCCGUACUCAGAUCCCUCCGCACUCAGAUCCCUCCGCACUCAGAUCCCUCCGCACUCAGAUCCCUCUGCAUUCAGAUCCCUCCGCACUCAGAUUCCUCCGCACUCUCAUCACUCUGCACUCAGAUCCCUCUGCACUCAGAUCCCUCCGCACUCAGAUUCCUCCGCACUCAGAUCCCUCCGCACUCAGAUCCCUCCGCACUAAGAUCCCUCCGCAUUCAGAUCCCUCCGCACUCAGAUCCCUCUGCACUCAGAUCCCUCUGCACUCAGAUCCCUCCGCACUCGGAUCCCUCCGCACUCAGAUUCCUCCGCACUCAGAUCCCUCUGCACUCAGAUCCCUCCACACUCAGAUCCCUCCGCACUCAGAUCCCUCCGCACUCAGAUUUCUCCGCACUCAGAUCCCUCCGCACUCAGAUUUCUCCGCACUCAGAUCCCUCCGCACUCAGAUCCCUCCGCACUCAGAUCCCUCCGCACUCAGAUCCCUCUGCAUUCAGAUCCCUCCGCACUCAGAUUCCUCCGCACUCAGAUCACUCUGCACUCAGAUCCCUCUGCACUCAGAUUUCUCUGCACUAA